GUUAAUGUUAUGGAUAUGACUUUUCUUGAAUUACCUAAUCCUGCUGUUGACACUUCCAAUUUUCAGUCAAUCAAACCAAGUCAUCUCGAAAUCUUCUCCACACAAAUUUCCCAUUAUUGAAAAAAACAAACACAAAAGAAGCCGAAUUGUUAAUAAAUAACUGACCUGCAUGCCCAUUUUAUGUCAAUUGAAGUCUGCGAGUUCUGAGAGAAGACAUGGCGAGCUCAAUGGUCUUUGUGCUCCUCAAAUUAACCUCCUUGUUUUGCAUCUCAUUUUCGGUGGCAGCUUCCAAUUCAAGUCCCCAACACUUUCUCAAAUGCUUUCAACGCACGACAGGUCUUCUUUCCACAUCCAAUUCCAAUGUAAUAUUCACCAAAAACAGCUCGUCCUACACCUCCAUCUUGCAAUUUUCGGCUCAUAACCUCAGGUUCUUGACAUCUUCUACCCCCAAACCCCAAGUUAUUGUCACGCCAAAGCAUAAAUCCCACAUUCAAGCUGCCGUCAUUUGCUCCAGAGAAAACGGCUUCAAUUUACGAACCCGAAGUGGCGGCCAUGACUAUGAGGGCCUCUCUUAUGUUUCUCAUGCUCCAUUCGUUACGCUUGAUCUACACAACCUUCGGUCUAUAAGAGUAGAUGUGAAAAACCACAAUGCCUGGGUUGAAUCUGGUGCAACCGUGGGAGAAUUAUACCACCAAAUUGCAGAGAAGAGCAAGAGUCUUGGCUUCCCAGCCGGUACUUGUCCCACAGUGGGUGUUGGCGGGCACUUCAGUGGCGGUGGAUUCGGUACCAUAUUCAGAAAAUUCGGCCUUGCUGCCGAUAACAUCGUGGAUGCCCUGAUAGUUGAUGUCAAUGGCAGAAUUCUUGAUAGAAGAUCAAUGGGGGAAGAUCUCUUUUGGGCCAUUAGAGGGGGAGGAGGAGCAAGCUUCGGAGUCAUCUUUGCUUGGAAGGUAAAGCUGGUUCCUGUUCCAUCAACGGUCACCAUUUUUGAAGUAACGAGGACCUUGGAACAAGGCGCCACCAAGCUUCUCCAAAAGUGGCAGACUGUAGCAGACAAACUCCAGGAAGAGCUCUUUCUCCACGUCGUCAUAGGAGUUCUUGAUGCAACUGAAAAUUCAAACAAGACAGUCGUUGUUUCAUUCGGGGCUUUGUUUCUCGGUGGGGUUGACAAACUCUUAACUCUGAUGGAGGAGGGAUUCCCGGAGCUGGGCGUGGAGCGAGACAACUGCACUGAGAUGAGUUGGAUUGGAUCUGUACUUUACUAUGCUGGCUACUCAAGCGACGAAUCAUAUGAUAUUCUGCUGAACAGAACUCAAACAUGGAAGAGCUUUUACAAGGCAAAAUCAGACUACGUGAAGGAACCAAUUUCACAAACCGGGUGGGAAGGGCUAUGGAAGAUCGUUCUUGAAGAUGAGGCUGCAGUAAUGAUCUUGACACCUUAUGGAGGAAAGAUGAGCAAGAUUCCAGAAUCUGAGAUUCCUUUCCCCCAUAGAAGAGGAAACAUGUUUGGAAUUCAGUACACGACUACUUGGGAAGAAGAAGAGGAAACAGGGAAGCAUAUGAAAUGGAUUAGAAGGCUUUAUUCUUAUAUGACUCCUUAUGUUUCAAAGUCUCCGAGGGCUGCCUAUCUGAAUUAUAGGGAUCUUGACCUGGGAAUCAACAGCAACAAUGGAAAUACAAGCUAUGCACAGGCAAGUGUUUGGGGAUUGAAGUAUUUCAAGACUAACUUCAAGAGACUUGUACAUGUAAAGACCAGAGUCGAUCCCAGUAACUUCUUUAGAAACGAGCAAAGUAUCCCAAUCUUUAUGCCACGAGGGAAAGGAAACUAGACCCAACCUUCCAUUUACAGAUACUAGGGUUUUGCCACUUCCGUUUUUUUUUUUUUUUCAGUCUAUUCAGAUUAUGGAGCUUUGCCUAUGGCAUACUUCGUACAACUGCUACAAUUUAUACUUUGUUUAUCCAUAUGACUGCAAUGACAUUUUAAGUUUGCUUUCAAACCAGUCUAGUUAGAGAGUUACUGCAAUUGUAACAUCAAACACAACUCUGCU